AUGUCCUUCAACGAGCAGCAGUGCAAGCAGCCAUGUGUGCCCCCUCCAUGUCUUCAGAAGACCCAACAGCAGUGCCAGGCAAAGGAUGAGGAGGUGUGCCUCCCCACAUGCCAGGAUCCCUGCCAAGAGAAGCGCCCAGUGCAAGCCCAGGAGGUAUGCCUUCCUCAGUGCCAGGAGUUAAGCCAAGAAAACCGUCCACAGCAAGGCCAAGAUCCAUGCUCCCCUCCAUGCCAAGACCAAUGUCCAACUCAGUGUGUAGAGCCAUGCCAGGAUCUAUUCCAGACAAAAUGUGUGGAGGUCUGCCCACAGAAAGUCCAGGAGAAGUGCUCAACCCCUGGCAAGGGAAAGUAG